AUGUAUACUGUCUCAGUCUCAAACUUCAAUAGUUCCAAAUUUGUUCUCACUGGUUUUCCUGGCCUAGAAGGAUAUUAUUUAUGGUUUUCAAUCCCUUUCUCCUUCAUCUAUGUCAUGGUGUUCUUGGGAAACUGCAUGGUGCUCCAUGUCAUCCGGACUGAGCCAAGUCUCCACCAGCCAAUGUUCUACUUCCUGGCUAUGCUGGCCCUCACCGAUUUGUGUGUGGGGCUCUCCACCGUGCACACAGUGCUGGGAGUGCUGUGGGGGUUUAUUCAAGAGAUCAGCCUGGAUUCCUGCAUUGCUCAGUCCUAUUUCAUCCAUGGUCUGUCCUUCAUGGAGUCCUCUGUCCUCCUGUCUAUGUCUUUUGAUCGCUACAUUGCUAUUUGUAACCCUCUACGCUAUUCCUCCAUCCUAACAAAUGAAAAUAUCAUGAAAAUUGGGGUAGUCAUCUUAUGUAGGAGUUCUUUACUCAUUCCUCCAGUCAUCAUCCGCCUGAGGUUCUUAAAUUAUUGUCGUCCUCAUAUCCUCUCUCAUUCUUUCUGCUUGCACCAAGAUUUAAUCCGAAUGGCCUGCUCAGACAUUCGCUUCAACAGCAUUUAUGGUCUGGCUCUGGUGAUCAGCAACCUCUUGUUGGAUGCAGUGUUCAUCAUUAUCUCCUACAUCCUGAUCUUGUACACAAUUUUAGCCAUUGCAUCCAGGGAGGAGAGAAUCAAGUCCUUGCAAACUUGUGUGUCUCACAUCUGUGCUGUUUUGGUGUUCUACAUCCCCAUCAUUGGUCUGACCAUGGUGCAUCGCUUUGGAAAACAUCUCUCCCCACUGGUUCACGUUCUCAUGGGCAACAUCUACAUCCUUUUUCCACCCUUGAUGAACCCCAUCAUUUAUAGUAUCAAGACCCAACAGAUCCGAAGGAGAGUUCAGAGAUUGUUCUACUUGAAAAGUGCCUAA